AAGAGACCACGAAAACGACGCGCUACUGUUUACGAUGCCGUCCAUCGCAAAGUCGCUCGAACCGGUCUAAUAGCCCACAUCCGUGAUCCAAAGGCAUCCAGGAAACCACUGCGCCCGGAUGAGGUUCUCUUCAAGCGAAAGAAUGCUCCUAUGCGAUACGAGGAAGACGAUUACUACCCUGCACACUCCAAGUUGCCUGCAAACCAAAAACUUCCCAGUGGCGACCUCGCAGAUGUAUUGGGGACCUACGUAUCAACACUAUGGGCCAGGACUAAGGGGCCCCGCAUGAUGCAAAGAACUUGGAGAGGUAUGGACGAAUCUGCGCUUAUCGCUCUAAGUAUCCUGAUGGAAGAGACUGCUCGAGGCGCGCUAGGUGAGACGGGCGAUCUAGCUUUUACUGAGGCAGCCGAGGAAGACGAAGAGCAGGUUCUU